AUGGGAAAUCCAGCGCCUAUCAUAACAGCUCAACAAGAGUUGUCAAGUCAACUACCUCCAUCACAAUCGCGGCUGCCAUCUACUCCAUCUGCAGCCCAAUUCAACCUCCCCGAACCAACCGUACCGCAAUCUCCCACCAAUAAGACAUUACCAGCAAGACGAUUGUCUGUACCAGAUCUACACAAACUCAAAGAAGAAUGGUCCCGUAGAGAAGCUCUUCAAGUCAAUACUCUUCCACCAGGAAAACUCCAGGCAAAUGUAAAAGUAAGACGCCCAUUAAUGCGACUGCGUAUGGGCUCUCAGCACUACUUCUCAUCACGCUCAAAGGAUGAGAAUGGGAAUUGGAACGAAGGCUUUAUUUUCACAGUCUCGUAUCACAAUCAACUAUUUGAUACAAUUGAGUUGGAUUUGUAUGAUAAGCGAAAAGGAUGGAGAGCAAAAACCAAGCACAUUGGAAAGGCUAAAUUAAAACUUGGAAAGAUAAAAGGACAUGAAGACGUGUUUCUCACUUUUCUUCCGAUGUAUGAAUACAAUAUACGCCGUUAUCUCCCUGCCCACAUUCAGCUGCCCCACAACUUUCUCAAAUCACACAUGCCCACUCUUCCAAAUAUGCCAAAGUUCAACCUUCCCCGCCCACAACAAUCGCAGCCACAACCACAAGCACAAGCACAAGCACAGCAACAAAGUCAACAUGAGCACGGACAGGAGGCGCAGGAGAGCCAGGAUACCGAAGAGUUCGCUGAAGAAAACAUAGAUGAAUUCCCGCCAUUUGAAAUUAGACAGCACCCUAGCCACAGUAGACACUCCAUGACACCUUAUAUAGGGUCAAUUCAGAUCCGCAUUCGCUAUGCUUUCCAGAACCCUCCCGACCUGCACUCAGACGAACUGACGCCCGUCUAUCUCUCCUAUAACCCAUCCCGAGACUUUGACACCCUGAGCUUUGCAAGCAGCCACAUUGACCGAAGCACAAUCACCUCCACUAGAAGCCAAGCAAGCAAUAGCAGCAGCAGCAUAUCCAGCUCCACACUCUAUUCUACCGAUCCAUUUAGCUCUCUUUCAAACGUCAAUCACCAUAGUAACAAUAAUAGCCAUAGCAACAACAGUAGCCAAGAAGAUUUCCGAGACGCCAUCGAACCAAACCUGGUGUUUGUAAAUGAUGCCAGAGUCACCCUAGAAAAACCAACGGCUGCAUUAACCGGAGUACUAUCAAGAUCGCCCAGUGGUCCUGUUAGAAGCGAGUCUACAAUCAAUAUCGAAUUUGAAAAGCGCUUGGAGGGAGAACUGUCUAGAGGCUUACCUUUUAUACCCCAACAUCAAGAAAAGUCUGAAAAGAAUACGUUUGGAUUCUCGCAGUGCGACGUUGACAACUCAAAUACCGGUCUGAAAGAAAAGGACGGCGUCUCGAUGGACUCGGCGAGUGUGAAGAGCUAUAAGUUCGGCGACAAGAAUUUUGCUAUCAGCUGGAUGAACGAGACAUUUGAAGAAGUUGCCUUAUCCCACCCAAGUCUAGAUCGUAUGAUUGGUUUGGUUGUAAGUCCCCAGACAAGAACCCUUUUACGUGCUGUUGUCAAGAUGUGCAAUGCUUUUGGUCAAGGAUUCAAAAUUACUGGGUUGCAACUCUUGAGCUCAUUGUCUUUACUGCAAAACUUUUAUUCAGAAAUAGCCAGACCUCCUCCAGCAGAAAAGGUGACGGAUUUACGAUUCUUAGACGAUGCAUCGUAUUAUCUUGGACAUGCAAUUAUUGCCUAUGGGUGGCGAGGAAUAUCUUAUUUGGGAGACUAUGCAAAAUACCUAAAAGAUGUAAUGAAGACGAAAUCCAACAAAGAAGCUAUUGUUAGAUUCUUGAAGAUUCCUUCUGAAGAUCUUUUGGGUUACCAAUACGGUCUCAGGAAAGGUGCCGUAUUCCAACCAAGUUACUUUGUUUCUAUUGAUCGAGGACGAGAGGCAAUUGUGUUGGGCAUUCGUGGUACCUGGAGUAUUUACGAUUGCAUUACUGACCUUGUGUGCGAAUAUCGACCAUGGAAGGGCGGUCUAGUCCAUUCGGGCAUGCUGGCUUCUGCCCAAUGGUUUUUUACCUGCAUUAUUCCUAGCAUAUUUCAUUAUGUAGCAACCCAAUCAAUGUCUGAGACCCGCCCGGUUUCUUCAUUCAUUAUUACUGGCCACUCUCUUGGUGCAGGCACAGCUGCCCUUCUCACCAUGAUGGUAGCUGAUCACAUCGAAGAGCUUCGAGAGCUUUCCCAAAAUCCAGAAUUCAACGUUCAUUGCUACAGCUAUGCGCCCGUAGCAAGUGUAUCUCUUGACAUCUCAGAGAAAUACAAGGAAUACAUCGACAGUUUUGUGUGCCAUGACGAUCUGGUCGCACGUCUGUCGUACGGAACGGCCACAUGUGCCAAAGAGCUUAUUAUGGAUGCAUUGACCGCAGUUGAUGGCUUGGGAGGAACAUCAAAGGUUAACUCUGAUCCCGAAAUUAAGAAGGCCUGUUUUGAUAUCAUCCACACCCGGCGCGAAGAAAUCUACCGCGCAAAUGAGCCUCGUUAUCCACUCCUGUAUGUCCCUGGUCGUGUCUUCCAAUUCCGCCGUACACCCAACAAACCCCUCCCAAAAGUAAAACCUGUCGCUACCCCUAUGUCUCGCCCCCGAGCGUCAUCUUCCGUCAACGACACUAACGCCAAGGGACCCCACCAGAUUCCCAUCAGUCACUCUGAACCAGCACUCAUACACCCUCCCAGCUCAUCGCUCUAUGGAGACGUCACAUUUACUCUCCACCAGAGCUCUCCUCUCAUAUCUGAAGAAGUUUUGAUUUCCAAGACAUGUUUGGAAGAUCACAUGGUAGUAACUUAUCUGAAUGCAUUCCAGAUGGUUAAGCAGGAUUGUAUGCGGCAGUCAGCAAUUAAGAAAACAAGUGUUCCACCCCGAACAUCCAGUAGAGCUGCUUCACUGCCUAGUAUACGUGUUGAAGACCCUGAAGGAAAAGUAGUCUAG